AUACAAAUGAUGAUGAAAAAAUGUCGUCAUUCCUGACCCAAAAAAAAAAAAAACGUCAUGUCAGAAUGCUUUCCUACUUUCUCACUCAUCCAGUUUUCGAAGAACCAGUCCCAAACCAAGUAAAAUACUACUAAGAUUAUUUUGUCUAACGAUUGUUUGCCGCAAUUUCGGCUGUCUUCACAUCUCGAUUACACACACCGAUAUACAGUAAUCAAAUAAGACUUCGUAUCAAUCUUAUCGAUUCACCAUCGCCCCAAGGACGUCUAUUCGCAAAUUAAGUUAUUCAACUACGAUGAAAUCAGCUGCCGCGGCGAUUGCAACUCUUUUUCUCGCUCCCUCAGUAACGACUGGCUUCGUAAGCCAUGCUCCUACUGGUCAUGGGCGAUCGGCAACAGUUGUGACGAAGUCGUCCACUGCGUCGGACCCCGAAUCAAGAUUCAUUGACGGCGUUGGUAUCCCUCCACAAGAAUCGCUUCAGGCAAAGCUAGAGGAGGUAGAAGAUUGUGCACUUCCAACACAAAAGGGCAAGACCAUGUCUGAAUCCAUUCCCUUCCUCAAAUGCCCAGCGGUGCUUCUCGAGUCCGACUUGGCGGGAAAUGUUGGCUUUGACCCACUCGGAUUGGCUACUAGCGAUGAAUUGUUAUUAGACUACAGAGAGGCAGAAGUAAAGCACGCGAGACUCGCAAUGCUUGCAGCCGUUGGCUGGCCUAUCUCGGAACUCGAGGAUAGAAACAUUGCCGAAUUUUUCAACGCCCCAUCCGUCCUUGACGAUGGCGACCGUGUGCCCUCAGUAUUGAAUGGAGGAUUGGACCGAAUUGAUCCUCGGUUCUGGGGUUUCUGUUUGGGRAUGUCGGCUGCCAUUGAUAUGUAUGGAGUUUCGAAAUCUCGUCGGGGUUCUGCAGAUUAUUUUCCAGGAAACAUCGGAUUCGAUCCUUUGAAUUUGUUUCCCCCGGAUAGGGAAGGGAGAGAGAAAAUGAAAUUGGCAGAAAUCAAGCAUGGUCGAAUAGCAAUGCUUGGAGUUGUUGGCUACGUUUCCGAAGAGUAUGUGACAAAAAUGGCUGUGGUUGACGAUACUCCGGUCUUGUUUCAACCCAUUACUGAAACAAUUGAGGAAGUCAUUUCGUCGUCGUUCCUACUUUAACUCAAGCUUUAGUUGUAUUCAUUACAGAUUUCGACAUCGUUUCCAGUUUAACUUMAGCUUCAGUUGCAUUUAUUAGAGACAACUGUUAACAUCAAGAAAAAUGAAACAAAUUGAUAUAAUUGUU